UAGGCAGUCAGUUAGUGACAAACAACCCGAGCACACAGCGCCGCACACACCUGAGUAUUUUCACAGUCAGGUGACAAGACGGAGACAUCGACGACGACAGCGACACAAAGUGGGAAAGGACCAAGGAUGAACCUGAGUACCAUCCUGAGGAGUGUGAGCAACGGUCUAGGCUUUGGAACCUCCACGAGAAAGGGGGACUUAAGUCGUCCCCUGGCCACUUCUAGCUCCACGUCGAGCUGCACUUCCGAGAAUUCUAAUUUCGAUCCCGUUUCCAGUCUCCUAAUUCCCUCGGAGGACGAAGAGGACGAGGCCAUAUCACUGGGCGAAAAUCGCCUGGCCUCAGCUGCUGCAAGCCUGACCAAAAACCAGGUGGUCAAUCCCUACCAGCAGACCGUCCAGCAGAUACUGCGACUGGUGAACGAGCUGGAGCACACCAUUCACGAGGAUCGGCAGCAGGAGUUCAAGCUACGAAUGGCCCUCGAUCGGCAGACAGAACGGGUUCAGGAACUGGUGUUUUCCCUGGACACGGAGAAGAAGCGAAACGGGCGCCUGGUGCAGCUGCUCCGGGGAAUCGAUAGCUCCAGUUCGGGGGAGAGCGAUCCGGAGGAGAGGGGCCCCAGCGGAUCCCAUGUGAACUCCAUUGGGGAGUUGUACGACUCCAUCAGUCCCCUGCUUAUGCAGCAGCGAUACGAUGAGCUCUCCGUGUCCCAUCGCCAGAGUCGUCGGCAGUUGGCCAAAAGGGAGAAGGCCCUCAAGGUACUGAAAUGCGAAACAGAAGAGCUGCACUCCAAAUAUGACGAGCUCUUCGAUGAGUACCGGAGUGAGCAGCGCCGUUUCGAGAUGCUGUGCACUCGAUAUAUCCAGAUGCAGUUGAAGAAGAAACAGCAAAUCUUCAACCUGAAGAAUACGCUCGGCCAGGCCAGUGAGUGCAUCUUCCAUGCCCAGGUGGCCAUUGAUGAGUGCUGUCACGCGGAGCAGACGCCCAUUUCUCCGGAGAAUCUGGAGAACUUCCGCAGGAACCUGGAGUGCUUUAUGGAUGCCCUCAGGAAUUGCUGUUGUCUGCGAAAAGUCCACGAGCUUCAGCAGCAGCAGCUCAAAAAGGAGAAAAUGGAAAAGGGCCAGCACCAGAACCAGAAUCCAGUCAAUGAUGUACUCACUCCGAGGGCCAAGGAACCCUCAAGUCCCAGUAGUGGCACCUACGUUCAGAAUUUGUCCAACCGACGUCCUCGUAUCCGACGUUACAGGCAUUCAGCUCGUUAAAUCUUCCCUUUCAGUUACUACUUAACGUUAGGUUAGCUUUAAAGUCUUUUAUGUGGAAAAAAAUUGCUUCAUUUAGCCAAUGAAAAGUGUAAAAAAAACAAAAAUAUGUUUUUGCAAAAUAAAAACCUUACAAAACCAUA